GUGGAUGGGGUGUUCCACAACCUCCCGGUGAUCACGGUCAACAGGCGGCUUCAAGCAUAUCAGCAUGGUACUAACAUCCUGGUGCAAACUGACUUUGGCCUCAUUGUGAGUUACGACCUGGUUUACCAGGCCAGAGUCACCGUUCCACAGCGAUACCAGGGCCACACCUGUGGCCUGUGCGGGAACUACAGUGGACGGCAGGACAGCAAGCUCCUGCUCCCCAAUGGCAGGACAGCCUCUGAUGUGGCAGCAUUUGGCUCUGCUUGGGAAGUCCAGGUCCUAGGAGCAUCAUGUGUAGACAGAUGCGCUGGGAACAGCUGUCCAGUUUGUGAGGAGAGAAAGAAGGACGUCUUCAAACAGCGCCACUACUGCGGGUUGCUCACAGCCCCUGACAGCCCCUUCACUGCCUGCCACGGCACGGUCAGCCCCAGUGUGUAUUUCAACAACUGCCUGUAUGAUCUGUGCCUGAGCAACAGGGACUCCCAGGUCCUGUGCCAGAGCAUGCACAGCUAUGUGACGGCCUGCCAAGAGGCCAAGGUCACCAUCCCGCCCUGGAGGAGCACUUCCUUCUGCCCUGUGACCUGCCCUGCCAACAGCCACUAUGAAGUCUGUGCUGACCUCUGCACUGUCGCCUGCGCUGGAAACAUCAUGGACUGCUCGGAGACCUGUGCCGAAGGCUGCCAGUGUGACAAGGGCUUCUUCUUCGAUGGCCAGGGCUGUGUGACUCAGGAGAGCUGUGGAUGCUUUGAACAGGGGAGAUACUACAAG